AGAUGCAGAACUACAUUCUUUCACUUUCACCCGGCUAAUGCUCUAUAAAUUAGGUCAGGAUAAAGCUACCAUCCAGCACUGGAAAGGAAACUCUGUUCCCACCGUACAGUGGAGUGCACAGAGCCAGGAUGGGUCAACCGUCUCUGUUGGUUGGAGGUGUAGCGGCACUGCUAUUUCUUCAAUGCGCUUCUACCUUUAAGCUGGUUUGUUACUUUACCAACUGGGCACAGUACCGGGAAUCUUCUGCACGCUUUAUUCCUGAUGACAUUGAUCCAGGACUCUGCACCCACAUCAUUUAUGCUUUUGCCAAGAUAGAAGGAAAUCGUAUCACCCACACAGAAUGGAAUGAUGUAACAACCUAUAUGAAUAUACAUGCUCUUAAAAGAAGAAAUCCCAGUUUGAAGACCCUUAUCUCGCUUGGUGGAUAUGGCCCAGGUUCUGAAGCCUACAGAAGUGUAACUACAGAUCCUACCAGGCGCUUAGAGUUUGUGAGAUCAGUGGUACAAUUUCUUAGAACCCAUAAAUUUGAUGGCUUUGACCUUGCUUGGCACUCUUCGGAUGAAACUACUAAAAGACGUUUGUCUGAUCUGGUUCAGGAUCUCUGUAUAGCAUUUCAGAGGGAGGCUAGGAGAAAUCCAGGGACAGCAAAACCUAUCCUGAGUGUUGCAAUACCAGCAGGAAAGGAAGUCCUCGAUAAUGGCUUCGAUAUCCAACAUAUCUCAAAAUUUGCAGAUUUCUUUAACUUCAUGACCUACGACUUUCAUGCAUACUUGGAAAGUCACAGAUACACAGGCCAUGUAAGCCCUCUUUACAAGGGCAGAGUUGACACUGGAGCUUCAUCCUCUUAUAAUGUUGACGAAGCUGUGAAAUAUUUUAAGACAAAGGGUGCCCCACCUGAGAAGAUCAUCAUGGGAGUUCCCACAUAUGGGCGGAGUUUUACUCUUUCUUCAAUGUUGACUGGAGUUGGAGCCCCAGCCUCAGGUCCAGGAACACCCGGCCCUUUCACAAAAACAGAAGGAUCCCUGGCCUAUUAUGAAAUCUGUAGUUUUAAUUAUGGUGCCAAGACCGAAAGGAUUGAAGAACAAGCAGUCCCCUAUUCUCAUAAAGGAAACCAGUGGGUGGGAUAUGAAGACAAGAUAAGCCUUCAGAGCAAGGUUCGAUAUAUGAAGAAUAACCAUUUGGGAGGCAUUAUGGUUUGGACACUUGACAUGGAUGAUUUUUCAGGUUUUUUCUGCAGAGAUGGAAAAUAUCCACUACUUCGUGCUAUUAAGGAAGAGCUGAAUAAGUAAGAGCCCAUUUUUGUCACAGGAGAAUCUUAAAGGCAUGAAGAGGCUUACGCUGUUCAUCUCGGGAUGUUAUGCAGAUGAACAACUAAUCUGUGAAAAAUGUGGACACAUUUACUUGCUUCUUAAUUGUGUAUCUAAAAGCAGCCACCCACAACUAGUUUUGCUUCACUCCAUGAUGAGGGUCGUUCUACCUUUACUCAUUCAGUUGAUGUGGACCAAAGACAUCCCUUCCACCUACCUAUCCAUACUUUGCAGCAGUCUUCUGUCAUUAUUUUCUGGUGUUUUGAUCACAGUAUUCAAAAGUUAAUUCUAUUUUUACUGUCUUAAAAAUAGCAUGCACAGUAGUGUUGUUUUGUUGGUUUUUAGAUAUUUACAUAAUGUUUUCAAUAAAACUUUUCUGCUUUUUUGAA